CUUGUCUCCCAUUUUUUUCCGAUUCCCUGUCUUGUUCGUGAAUUCUUUUUUCUCUCUGCUUUCUUCUCUGUUCUUCUUCUUUGGAUUGUUUUUUUUUUCUUUUCACCCAUUUGAAUCGAUUCAGAUCUCUGGUUAGUGGUUAUAGUUUCGUUUUCUGCAAUUACGCGCUCUCGCACUUUUUAAUUUGUUCUUUUGAUUUCACCCACUUGAUCCAAAAAUGUGCAUGCGAUUCUAAACGCCCGUUUUGAAGCUUGCUGCUUCGAAAGAACAAGAAUCUGUAGCUUUGGGUUUCUAUGUUAUUUACUUGCUUUUUUAAGCGUGUUCUUGAUUGAUGGACACGGAGAAAAAGCAAGGCUUUGCAGGAGGAUUUCUGCACCAAUCAAGUCGUUACUCGGGUUUUUCAUCUAAUGAAAGUAGUUUCAAUGGAAAAUCUGAGGUACCUUCGUCUUCAAUGUCGUUCCCACCUUUGGCUCCCAGUGGUAAUUCCGAUUGGGGUCAAUCUGGCCGUGGAAUCUCCACCGAUUCCAGUCGAUUCAGCCAUGAUAUUAGUAGGAUGCCUGACAAUCCGCGGAGAAAUGCUGGUCAUAGACGUGCCCAUUCAGAAAUCCUGACCCUUCCAGAUGAUAUUUGUUUCGAUAGCGACCUUGGUAUCAUUGGCGGUGCUGAUGGGCCUUCUCUUUCUGAUGAUACUGAGGAAGAUUUGCUGUCGAUGUACCUUGAAAUGGAUAAAUUCAAUUCGUCGACCGCUACAUCUGCAAGUCAAAUGGGCGAUUCAUCCUCCGCUGGUGUAGAAGCAGCAGCAACUUCUACAGAUGAUAUUGCUGUUGGUUUGAAGGAGAGGCCGAGAGUUAGACAUCAGCAUAGCCAGUCCAUGGACGGCUUUACAAACAUAAAACCUGAGAUGCUUGUCUCGGGGUCUGAAGAAGUCCCUGCAGCUGAUGCCAAGAAAGCCAUGUCAGCUGCAAAGCUUGCCGAGCUUGCGUUGAUUGACCCCAAACGUGCAAAGAGGAUAUGGGCAAACAGACAGUCUGCUGCUAGAUCAAAGGAAAGAAAGAUGCGGUACAUUGGCGAACUUGAACGGAAAGUUCAGACUCUGCAAACGGAGGCAACGUCUUUGUCCACUCAGUUGACCCUCUUACAGAGAGAUGCAAGUGGUCUCAAUGCCGAGAACGGUGAACUGAAGAUGCGAUUGCAGACAAUGGAACAACAGGUUCACCUGCAAGAUGCUUUAAAUGAAGCACUGAAAGAGGAAAUCCAGCAUUUGAAAGUAUUGACUGGCCAACCAAUGUCAAACGGUAGACUAAUUACAAACUUUACUUCCUAUGUAGCUGGCCAACAAUUCUAUCCAAACAAUCAAACAGCGCAUACUUUGUUAACUGCUCAGCAGUUUCAGCAACUUCAAAUCCACUCACAGCAGCAGCAGCAGCAGCAUUUUCAGUAUCAUCAGCUGCAUCAGCUUCAGCAACAACAAAUUGGGGGCAUAAAAAAGAAAGGGUCAGUUUCUUCUCAAAGCUCGGAAGAUAAUAUGUCAGACUCGAAGCCUCCUACCACUUGUUGAAAGAGCUGAUCCUGAUGACGACCAAGUACGUCGAGAAUAGUUUAUUUGUAAAGAAAAGAGAUGGCUCACUGUCUUAGAACAUUAUGGUUAGAAGUCGAUUUUAGUUGCAUUUGGUACCCAGAUAGCACAUUCCCCUCCCUGAUAAGCAUGCAUUUGCUUUUUUGAAGUUCAUUAUUUGCUGACAACAAUGUGGUAGAUGAUUUGUUAUUAGCUUGUGGAUAUUUCUGUUAAUGAUGUUAUUCCUAUGUUGUCAUUACUUAUUUAUUUAUUUAUGAA